AUGCUCGCCCUGGAGGCUGCACAGCUCGACGGGCCACACUUCAGCUGUCUGUACUCAGACGGCAUCUUCUAUGACCUGGACAACUGUAAGCACCCCAGUUACCCGGACACAGAGGGGACUCCUGACUCCUUGUGGGGCUGGACCGAGGCUCCACCUGCCCUCUAUGAAACCUUCAACCCCACAUCGUCCACCUUCAGUCAUCCCCAGGCAGUUGCUGCCUGCUAUGGACCAUCCACCUAUAGCCCUGCAGGAGGCCUUGAUCUGGUGCCCAACCUAGAGGCCUUGGGGCCCGGGCUCCCAGUGUACCCCACGGAGGACUUUGCCUGCCAGACCUUGGGUCCCCCGGCGGCAGCCUAUGCCCCGUACCCCAGCCCUGUGCAGUCUGAGGAGGAGGAUUUUGUGCUGAACAGCCCUGCUCUGGAAGUGUCAGACAGCGAGUCCUCGGAUGAGGCCCUCCUAACCGGCAGUGCUGAUGGGAGGGGACCCGACGCAGGAACCCGCAAGAAGCUGCGCUUGUACCAGUUCCUGCUGGGGUUACUGACCCGGGGCGACAUGCGGGAGUGCGUGUGGUGGGUGGAGCCGGGCGCUGGAGUUUUCCAGUUCUCCUCGAAGCACAAGGAGCUGUUGGCGCGGCGCUGGGGCCAGCAAAAGGGCAACCGCAAGCGCAUGACCUACCAGAAGCUGGCGCGCGCCCUGCGCAACUACGCCAAGACCGGAGAGAUCCGCAAGGUCAAGCGCAAACUCACCUACCAAUUUGACAGUGCGCUCCUGCCAGCUACCCGGCGGGCCUGA